GUGCGGAGGUGUCGUUCCACCCGGGCACUCGAUCACCACAGCCCUUCCUGAAUGCGCCGGAGAAGUGCUCCUACCUGUGCAACAUGGCGGUGGCGCCGGAGUACCGCCGCAGGGGGGUGGCCACGCGGCUGCUGCGAGCAGCUGAGGAGGUGGCGGUUCGGGUGAUGCAGGAGAGCGAGAUGUACCUGCACCUGCGCUUCGUGGAUGGUGAAGCGGCAGCGUUGUAUGAGCGCACGGGCUUCAGGAUUCGAGGCCAACACUGGCCUAUUGUCCCAUUAGUGGGAUUGCAGCGGCUCAAGCUGAUGCACAAGGAAAUUGCCAAGUAAACAGGAGUGAAGGUAAGGUGAGGAUUGUCAUGGCGUGGGGAGGGGAAUAAGAGAGAGACCAAGGGCGUAGGAUGGGAAGGGAGGGGCUAUCCCCGCUGAGUUAGGAUUCCUUUACCUAACGAGAGAAGGGUCCGGGCGGAUGUAUGUGACCCGUAAACACGUGGGGCAAUUGCGAGGCAAUGUGCUGAGAAGGAAUCGUAGAGAUCUCUAACUUUGUGCGUCUGUAGAUAUGGUCUAUUCACACGGUCUGCAUAUAGGCUCGUUGGUCAUUCCGUUUGGUACUGUACUGGAGGAGACGCGUUCCUCGAUCCACGGUGGUCGUACUCAAAAAGACUUUGUCCACAGUCCAACCUUGCUAAGUGUUGCCUUGUACUGUCACAUAUAUACAACUUUGACCUUGACACUAAAUAUUUAACUUUUAUACUUAGGGAGACGAAGCCUCGACAGCUGUCCUUUGCCAAGCUGCACAUAGGCAGCCCUAUCUGACAUUCAAUUUCUUCCUGCUCUCUUUCUCUUUAUUUGCUCAAAUUGGACUGGCGUAUGGACUACGCGGCUGGUCUCCACAGGGACCCUUCGCUGACUCCAGCGAUGUCUGACCCCGGAACAUCAAGACGAGGUCUGGACGAGACACCAGUAGGCUCGGCUACGAAACGAGCAAAACGUACAAAAACCAAGACUCGUCGUCGUGCAGAAGCGGGGCUUCGAAAUGCUGCGCAAGUCCCGCAAAAGACUACCAGCCGUUUGCGAGUGUCGCGCGGCGCUCGUGACCUCCUAUUAAAGCUGGAAAAAACAAUGGAGGACGCAGUACAUCUCGUGGACCGGCUUCUUGCAGUGGACUUCAGUGCCGACUACAUGGGCUAUGUGACAAUGCAUCGGCCCCCGCCCUCCACGCCUCCGCAAGCAAGGAUAGCCACGGACGCAUCCCUGCUCGCAACCACGCCGCCCCGUCCAGGCAACCACGUGCAAGCGGCUCGCGCGGUGUUCGAGAAGCUCAACUGCACGUUGGCUUUGACAGAGGCGGCACAGCUGUCAGCGCAGAUUGCCAACCUCAAGGUGACAACUACGCCGCCGCAGCAGCGGCCGCCGCAGGCCCAGCGGCCGCUCAACAACGGCGCGCUCACCAGCCGCGAGCUCCGCUACCCUCCCACCAUGUCGCCUGCCCAGUCCUACCUCAAGGUGCUCACCGGGGCCUCAGGCCUGGCGGCCAGCCCAGGCCCGCUGUCUGCGCGCGCCCCUCGCGUACCGCCCCUCUCCGGCGCACCGCUGCGCACGUGCGUUGGACCAGGCGACCGCCCCUCCCCGGCGCGCCCGCCACUCACGGCACGGCCCUCGACACAGCUCAAGGCCGCGGUGACAACACGCCUGGCGGCAAACGCCGCCGCUGCUCUCAACGCCGCCAUCAACCCAUCCCACCCCGUCAGCACCGCCCCGCUGCAGCAACAGCGCUCCAUCCCGAUGCCAUCGGACCCGCCCAGCUACCCCUCCUCCAUUCCGCCACCUCCUCCCUCCGCUCCCUCCUCCUCCCUCAUGUCUUCCGGACCCACAGUGCACCCGGUAAUACCCACCCUCAGCCUGGGGCCUCUGGGAUCCCCGCUCUCCCCCUGCCUCGCCGUCGCCGCACAGCUCAACAGCCCUGCUGCCACCCGCCGCGCCUCCAUCCCUGGCGGGCCCGCGGCUACCACCGGCAUCACCCCGCCCAGCGAGCAGCCUCCUCAGGCGCCGCUGCCUUCGCAUCGCGGCCCGGUGUUGGACGGCGCAGCGGCGGUGGCGGCGGUCAAGAAGGCGGCGUCGGCCAUGCUGGCGCUGAAGCUGCCGCUCGACGAGGCCUCGAAGCGGCCCUGGCACAACGGGCGGUAUGAGGAGCCGGAGCAGGCGAGUGCGCGGUAUGGCAGGUCGGCUGCGGAAGGUAUGGCGCCGCUUGGGGAUGGGCGCCCGAUGUCUGCGCGUGUGGGGCCGCCGGUGCCGAGCCUGAAGCUGGGCGGGAUUGCACGUUAGUCGUGUGUUGGGGGUGUUCUAAGGGGGUGAGAGAAGAGCGCGACCUGGGAUUGGUUACUAGAGCUGGAGGCAUGGGGUUGGCCUGGAGGGAUGCUGGGCCAGGAAUGGGAGAGGGGAGUGGCUGAGGGGAUAAGCAGAGCGUUAUGUGAGUGAAGGCUAGCAGGUCUCCAUGAGAGCGGUGUGGGUUAUCCUUAAGAGAGUUGGACUGGUGUAACAUUACAGGAAGACUAGGGCAGCUGGGAUGGUGCGGUUUGCCCAGCUGCGUUAUGACAGCCUUGCGUUGACUGUGUCUUGACGGGUGUUGUGUUCAAUGGCGAUGUGAUCCAAGCGCCAUUUCAAUAGUUUGACGGCUGCUGCCUGCUGUUGCCGGUGUUAGUUUUGCCCGGUCCUAGCGGUCGUCAUGGUGCCCGCUAGUGGCAGUGAGGUGUCACAGGGGGGGCGUACAUAGGACCGUGACAAGUAUGACAUAGGUGCACUGCGGCGCUUAGGAUACGUAGUUGACACGACGCUAGAUGGAGGAUUGGUUACGUAGGUGCGUUUUCCUAAUCCUCCUCUGCUGCCACAGCAGCAGUCAUGCUCUAGAAAGACAUUCCGUUAUUUCCACAACCAACGUGUGGUGUGUGGCUUGAAGAGUAAAUGGCCACUGAAUUAGGCUAAUGGAGCUGCCUGGUAAGACGUGACGGCAGGGGUACAGCAGAAGUCUUUGAGGACCGCUGUACGUAGGUAUACUUGGACAUACCAUGACUGGACGUUUACGACGUGACUGCUGGACAUGCAUAUCUAAGCGCUGCGGCCUUGAAACAAUGCGCUGCCUUGACCACUAUAGAUAGGACCAGACAGGUGCGGGGCCACAGCGACUGCGUGCAACACGCGCUACCGGUACCGGUAUGCUGACCUAAAUUAACAUGAGACCGGCAGCCUGCGUGUGGAGGUAGGGCGGAGCUGGAGGUGGUUCUUUCGUAGUUUCAGCGGCGAAUACAGCAACGCGUGGUUGCCGUCGCUCGGUAACCCGUGCCAGGGGGGCAAAUUUAUGUCGUGGUGCGUUUGCUUCCUUGUCAUGGCCUGUCGCGUCGGUGAAUGUAGCUGCUGGCCUUAGGUGACGGGCAUAAAGCAGUCUGCUCCUGGUCCCUGGUCGUUGAAGGAGAAGGUGUAACCAAUGCUUGUUCG